AUUGAGGUAGAUUCACGGGAAGGGUGUUUACAUUAGAGUAGACCAUUACAGAAGGACCCACCCACGCACGUCAACAGUCAAUCACUGACUGUAGCGCAGCUUACUCUUCCUGACUCUCGUCUCCGCAGUGAAGGUGGGCUACAUAUUUCAAACAAGAUCCCUGCUAUGAGUUACCCCGGAUACCCCCCUCAGUCUGGCGGCUACCCCCCACAGCAAGGGGCCUACCCACCACAGCCCGGUGCCUACCCACCCCAGGCAGGGGGCUAUCCUCCUCAGGCUGGAGGUUACCCACCCCAGCCCGGUGCCUAUCCACCCCAAGCAGGGGGCUAUCCUCCUCAGGCCGGUGGCUACCCACCUCAGGCCGGUGGCUACCCUCCCCAGGCUGGGGGUUAUCCGCCCGCUGCAGGCGGUUUCCCACCCCAGGCUGGUGGAUAUCCACCCCAGCAGGGUGGCUAUCCCUCCAUGCCUCCUGCCGCAGGUGGGUGGGGUGGUGCGCCAGGAUAUGGAGCACCAGGAGGAGCCAUGCCCCAGGGAUACCCAGGAGCCCCUGCCCCAGGACAGCAGCCUAUGCCAGGCUAUCCAGGAGGGCCUGCACCUGUGCCCAAUCCCUCCAUGCCAGGCUAUGGAGGUGGUGCCCCGCCUGGUCCAUCCACCCCAGCUGUGCCCGCCAUAAGUAAAGGAUACCGGGGCUCUAUGAAGGACUUCCCCGGGGCAGAUCCACUGAGAGAUGUUGAGGUUCUCAGGAAAGCCAUGAAAGGAUUCGGCACUGAUGAGAAUGCCAUCAUUGAACUUCUUGGAAGUCGUACCAUUAAGCAGCGGGCGCCAUUGCUGGCAGCUUACAAAACCACUUAUGGGAAAGACCUUCUGCGUGACUUGAAAUCUGAGCUCACUGGAAACUUUGAGAACCUGGUGCUGGCAAUGGUGAUGCCCCCAGCCAAGUUUGAUGCAGCUGAGCUGAGAGAAGCCAUCAAGGGAGCUGGAACUGAUGAAGCUUGUCUUAUUGAGAUCCUGUCGUCCCGCAACAAUGAAGAGAUCCGACAGAUCAACCAGAUCUAUAAAGCAGAGUACGGCAAGUCUCUGGAGGACGCGAUCAGCAGUGACACCUCAGGACAUUUCCGCAGGCUCCUGAUCUCCCUCUCUCAGGGUAACCGUGAUGAGAGAGAAAAUGUGGACAUCUCUCUGGCAAAGCAGGAUGCCCAGAAACUGUAUUCGGCUGGAGAGAACAAAGUGGGAACGGAUGAGUCCCAGUUCAAUGCCAUCCUGUGUGCCCGCAGCAAGCCCCACCUGAGAGCAGUCUUCCAUGAGUACCAGCAGAUGUGUGGGCGAGAGAUUGAGAAGAGCAUAUGCAGAGAGAUGUCUGGGAAUCUGGAGGAUGGCAUGGUUGCUGUGGUGAAGUGCAUCAAGAACACGCCUGGUUAUUUUGCUGAGAGGCUCCACAAAGCCAUGGCGGGGGCAGGCACAAAGGACCGCACUCUGAUCCGGGUCAUGGUGUCCCGCGCCGAGGUGGACAUGCUGGACAUCCGACAGGAGUACCUUCGCCAGUAUGGGAAGUCCCUCUACAAUGCCAUCUCUGGUGACACCUCUGGUGACUACAAGAAACUUCUGCUGAAGCUUUGUGGAGGAAGUGACUAAAGGACUGACAGGACACUGCUGACACAACUGGACUACGUGGCAAUCAGUGUAAUCAAUCAAGCAUAAUUUUAGUAUCAUGCAAUACUAUAUAUAUACAUAUAUAUAUGUGUGUUUUGUGUUAUUAAUAGCCAACAAUUCAUGCAUACGCGCAUGUCGGGUCAUUUAGAUGUUUUUAUUUUUAACACAUUUUUAUUCAAUUUUUUUAUGUUAAAUUAUUUCAAUUGGUUUCCAGCAAAUGUAAGACACUUACAAGUUUAACAUAUUUUGUUUAGUUUUUAUAGAAGAAUUAUCAGAUCCUGUGGUGUGUCAAACUAGCAGUUUUUUUUCCCCCAAAAUUAUUUUAUACUAGAAUUUAGAAUUUAACUUUGCCCUGCAGCUAAUAGCCAAAUAUUUCCAAGUAGUACAUUUUUCAUUUUUCCAUUGAAUUUCACAUUUCCAAUACUUGGAUACUACUUGUCACUUGAAUGUCCUUUAUGUUUGUCAUGGUGCUGAUUAAUGUCUCUGCUCUUAUAUGAAGGUUAUUUUCAUGUCAUGUUAACAUAGGAAAACACAGCAUUGGGUAAAAUGACACUUUUUUUUCAAAUUCAAAGUGUAAACUAUAGCCUACUUAUUUUCUAAGUUUGAGAACGGUAGAAUAAGCGUUGCUGAGUGACAUUUGUAUUGACCCCCUGAAUAUUUCAUUUACAAUAGAAAGUAAUAAUGUAGCCUAGAAUGAAAUGCAGUUAACAUGAAGGGUUGCAUUGGGUUUUACAGUGGCAUCAAAUGUGAUUCAGUCCAUCAUAAUCAAGGACCAGAGCUAUCUGUUUUAGAGCGUAGAGCAGGAAUAGUUCUCAACAGUAUAUCAGAAAUAUAUUUUUAACAAGGUGUGUGCACCCAGCUUUAAGUACAGUAAACUAUAUUGCCCUACAGUGUCUCAAAUAAAUGUACACAUUUCAUAACAUAUCAGCCUGCCAUGUAUGUUUUCGUGCCAUUACUUGCAUUACUCUCAUCUCCAUUGCCUGUGACCUAGAAAAUCAUGUCUUUUUUUCAUGUCCAGUAUAGGGUGCAUACGUGUCAUAUCCUGCUUACCACGCCUUCACGCUGACUUGCUAUGUACAUGUUCUGUGUUCUAAUUCUGUGCUAACCUGUGCCUUGUUUUCCUACUAAUGCUAGCUAUGCUCAUGUUACUAGCAGUGCCUUCUAUAACAUUAACUUGACAAUUAACCACUAGCAUGUGUUCGUAAUGCAUGUUGGGUAGAGUUUGAUCUCAUGUACCAGUAAUCAAUAUGAGAUAAUCAAAUAAAAAAGUGAAGUUUUCAGACAAUGUAAUGCGUGCAAGCGUAUGUUAUCUCAAUUAUUUAAUCACAAAAGAUCAUGUAUUUUCUAGUUGUUUUUGAAAGACUGCUGAACUAAUGUUACUAAUGUGAGGUCAUGGUCAAUAUGAAUGUUCUGCCUCUUUCCCCUCUAACCAAACAACCACUUCGCUAAAUCAUUGGAAAUUGUUUCUUUUAGAAAGUACCACUUCCCUUCCAGAGAAGCUUUCAAUUUUUCCGAAUUCAGAUCCAUCUACUUUUGAUGUAAAAUGAGCUGACAUGCUGAAUGUCAAUCAAGAAAUCUCUGUACCAUCAAACUCUAUAAUUACAAUCAGUGAACUUAUUUUAACAUCACCCAGACUUGUGAACUGAAGAGACCAUUAAAAAUGUCUACAUUUGUAUCCAUUAAAAAUGGAUUAGGAAUGUUGAAUUUUGCAGUGAAGGAAUGAUGUAAUGGAUUGCCAUUUUGUUGUCCCUUUUGACUGUAUUACACAUUUCACUUUGUAUGAUAUGGUCUACUAAAUACUAUCCCUAAUUCAUCAUAUGCAAUUAGAUAAGUCACUGGAUUGUGUUGAUGUUCUUGCACAUAUCAUUUGUACUUAAAUUGUAUCAGAUUGUAAGUUACAAGUUGAAGCAAUCCAAUUUAAUAUUGUCAAAAGUAUAUUGUCAGAGGUAGCCUAUAUCUUUCAUAAAGUAUACACUGAUUAUGUAGCCUAUGAGUGUUUCCUUUCUACUGCAUAAUUCUGAUUGGUUGAUGUGUAUUGGUUGAAAUAUAUACACUGUCCAGUGUCA